CGUGUCUUACCCAUAUUCUGGCAACAGGUUGCACAGAGGAGCGAUGUCCGUAGUUCAUGCAGUUCUGAGUACCAUCUUUUCAUCCCACCAAGUGCGCGCUGAGGGGCUGGCGUAGCCUUCAGACGCACGUUUAACAGGAGAAGAGGACACAGCGUAUUCAAACUGGAGAUUGUUGCUGUCUUCGCGGGUGCACAGAAAUAAGAGGAUCUCUAAAACAAGGGCACAACCAUGAGCAGUGUGUCUGGUGACAGGAAGCCGCUUGUGGACUACGGCGUUCAGAUCCGCUUCAUCAAAGAUCUCCACGAUGCUGGCAGUGGUCUCCCAGACAAGACCAAAGCCCCUCCCACCUCUGCCCCUGCCAACAAGUAUGGAGUCGCUGUCCGGGUUCAGGGCAUCUCCGGGCAGCCUUACGUCGUUCUAAAAGAUGGAGAGAAAGGAGAUUCAUAUGGCGUACAACUUAACACCCCCUCUCCCAGUUCCGGACCACCUUCACCGUACAGCACACUUGCAAAAAACAAAGAAUCUCCAGAUUUUGUGAACCCUUAUAGUCCAACUGCCAACUCCUCUCCCUCCCCUGUUUCUGCCGCUGAAGAGGAGAUAGGUGAGAUUUUUGGGAGUCCUCUUAGGAGACCCCCAGGAGAUGGCCAAGCUGGGACACAGGGUGAAGAUGAGGCAGUACCCACUAAGAAGCUAGAGGGGCACACAAAAGUUGAGAUUAAAGCCACUGAGGCAAACAAAGACCAAACAAGUGAAGAAAAGUACAAUGAAGCCGGACUAAAACCGGUCAGACCAAACGGACUUGGACCAAAGGGGGUCAAAAGCUCUAGUUACUCGCUAAAUAAAAACGAUUCUUCCUUGGACACAUUUCCGGACCCUCCCAACUUUGAAGAGGAAGCCCCAGCUCCAGCUAUUGACACUAAGUCUUUAGCCCCUAUAAACAAACUGAUUAGUAAAUUUAAUUCAACGUCAGGUAGUGCUCAGCAAACUAGGGGGCGCACUGGAGCAAGGCAAAGACUGAAAUUUGAUGAACGUCGACGAUCAAGAAGUCUGGAUGCAAGAAAAGAAAUACAAACUGAAAUUUCCUCACCUAUUAGUACAUCUCCCACUGUGAAUCCUUAUGGUCCACCGCUCUCCUCUUCGUCAAACUCUAUACUGAAUAAUAAUAAUAGUCUUGGUAGAAAAUCACCGACUGUUGCUAAGGUAAGUGCACUUGAGGCCCCAAAACUGAGCUAUAAACCACAAGGGAAGUUUGUUACCAAGGACACGCCGCCAGCAAUAUCAAAAAAGCCUGAGAUUCUGCCAAAAAGCUUUAGCACAGAUGGAGAGGAAACCCGGAUCAAGCAGGCAAUUCUCAACAUACUGAAAGAAGGAUCUAAUGAGAAUGAAAUGGUGCUCAGAAGAAAAGCCAAUAAUGUCUAUGAGACGACCAAAAGCAUAAAGACGGGAGCGAAUGAAGGAAGUCUGAAAAAGAACUCACUUGAAGAUAUCCAAGAGCAGCUCAUUCGAUACAAGAGAGAUCUGCAGUUAGCCCAUGAUGAACUCACAGUGGAGCGAAUGUCCCGUGAAGCAGCAGAGUCCCGCCUGCGUCUCCAGGAGGACCAGCUGGCCGGGCUUCAGGAGGAGCUCAGGAGGGUCUCUGAAUUUGCCCCUCCAUCAGACUCCAUACAGACGGAUCUAGCGUCUCUUCAGGCAGAGCUAGCUGAAGCCACAAUGCUACGUCAACGACAAGAGGAGACGCUCCGACAGAGAGAGCGUGAGCUGACUGCCCUGAAGGGGGCACUAAAGGAGGAGGUUGAGUGUCAUGAUCGCGAGAUGGAGACUCUGAGGGAACAGUACAGUGUGGACAUGGAGAACCUGAGGAGGACCAUGGAGCAGGUCACACAGUCCCAGGAGCAGAUCGAGGAGGAGAGGGAGAGAGUGAACGCCUCUGUGCUCACGCUGGAGGACGAGCUGGAGAGGAGCAGAGUCGAAGGAGAAGAGUGGAAAAAACAACUGGACUCCACCAAUCAGGAACUUACCAACAUCAAAGACCAGACGGAGAGGCACUGCAGCAGCCAAAAAUUGGCAAAAACAUCUUCAGAAAAGGAGGAAUUUGAAAAGGAAGUCAAGAGUCUCAAGGAGUCCAUGAGGAAACAAGGCCCUGGAUCAGAUCUGAGUGGGUUGGCUGAGGAGCUGCGGCGUUGCCAUGAGGACCUGAAGAGGGCUCGGGCCGAUCUGGAGAAACAAAAGGGGGAAAUGAGCGAUAAAACUGAGGCACUUCUUACUCUGAGAAAAAGCAGCAUGACGAAGGAGGCAGAACUGCAUGAGGAGAUCAGAAAGUUAAAGGAGCAAUCGCAAAAAGACAGAGACGAACUGGAAAGAAUCAAAGAGGUGAGAGAGUUAUCUGCUGGAAGUGGAAAAACUGUGGUGGACUAUGGCUCCAACUCUGAGCUGCAAGAAGCAAACAGCCGUCUCCGUGAGCGACUGGCCCGUAUGACCAGGCUGCACGCUACCCCCAGAGGCGCAGAGACGGAGGAGGCUGUGGAGGCUUUAGAGGACGAGAACAGAGCCCUGAAGUCACAGCUGGAGGAGGCAAAGAGGGCCACAACACGUCUCACCAAAGAACGAGAUGAGCUGAACAGACGCCUGGAGGAGAGAGACUUGGAGAGGGACGCCCUGAGGAGGGGUAAAAGUGACCUCGAGGAGCAGAAGAGGCUCCUCGACCGGGCUCUGGACAAGAUCAACAAAGAGAUGGAGAUGAUGAUGGGAGACUCUCGUCAGUCUGUGGCGGCUCUUCAGUCUCAGCUGGAGGAGUACAGGGAGCGAUCCCGUAAAGAUCUGCAGGAGGCCCAGAGGAACUGCAAAGACCGACUGUCCGAGCUACAGAGGGCCCAGGGAAACCUCAAGGCCCAGCAGGAGGAGGUUUCUCGUCUGAAGAAGGACUUGUUGACAUGCAGCGAGGAGAGAGACAGUGCUCAGCUCGAGAGGGACCUCCUCAGUAACCGUCUCAAACAUUUAGAGAGCGAACUGGAGACUGAGAAGACCAGCCAAACUGACCGAUCCAGAGAAAUACGUGGGCUGGAGGAUAAAAUAAAGUCUUUAGAAAUUGAACUGGAUGAGGAGAAGAGCGGUGUCGAGCUCCUAAACGACCGGAUCACACGCAGCAGAGAUCAGGUGGACCAGCUGCGCUCAGAGCUGAUGCAGGAGCGGGCAGCUAGACACGAUCUGGAGAUGGACAAAAGUGCACUCGAAAGACAGAUUAAAGAGCUGAGGACUCGAGUGGCCGACAUGGAGGGGCAAAACAGACCUGCGCCUGGCCUGGCGUUGAUGGAGAGCAAGAUCCAGGAGUUAGAGGAGAGACUGCGCAGUGAGGAGAGGGAAAAGGCCAGCAUUUUGGCCUCUCAAAGACGAACAGAGAGAAAACUUAAAGAGCUCAAUGCAACACUGGACCAGGAGAGGACUCAACACGUGGAGCAGAGAGAUCAGUUGACCCUGCGAGUGAAGGCUCUGAAGAGGCAGGUGGAUGAGAGCGAGCUGGAGGUGGAGCGUUUGGAGGGCGUCCGGAGAAAAGUGCUCCGAGAUUUAGAAGAACAGCAGGAACUACAGGAGGCACUGCAGGCAAAGGUGUCCGCGUUAGAGUCAGAGCUCAAGCGUAAAGGACAUUCUACCCAUCGCUCCACUAUAGGCUCCACUUUAAGCUCAGAAGACGAAGAUGGUUUCUACGACACCAGCCUCUCCACCAUUUUGAACGAAAGUCACCUUCAAACCUCCAACUGCUGAAGAAAAAGAAACAUUUGUCUAAUUACCCCCAGCCCAUAAAGAAAAUACUCAGGCUAAAACACAACUAUGAAAAUGAUCAUUAUGUUACGUUAAAUUAUUUACUAUUUACAAGAUAAAGUACUGUGCAAAAAUCAUAUUAUUUUUAUGAGCAAAGGAAUAUAUUAUGAUAAAUUAUGCUUAUUGAUACUUUGCAGUGGCAUCAUGCUGGGGAUGUAUUUUGAUACAUUUCUAUGGUGUAAUGUUCAUCAUCAGUUACCACGGUGAUUAGCAAUAACUACCAAAAACGUAUUUAGAUUGUCUGAAAACUCAAGAAAAAAUACAAAAUGGAUUUAAACAACACAUUUUUAGGAUAAUGUGAUCAAUAUGAGUGUUCAUGGUCCUGUCUCGGUGAUUUUCAACAAAAAUGUAAGAGUGACUAAAUGAAAAACUAUUGUGACUCUAAUGUUAUUUGAGAUAAUUGUUUAAUUGCACAUUCUGGUCAGAUUGUGUUAAAACAAAGCUCAGAUUAAAGUCUAACUUGAGUAACAGAGCUUCAGACAGAGCUGUGCUUACAGUUAGCAUCACACCCCCAGGGAAUGUUGAUGAUA